UAGAUCGGCAGUUUUCACGAUAUUCGCGUCGUAGCCAUCAAGUGGGUGGUGUCAUUCUAAGAACUAAUUGUGAAUCGCGAGUGAGUGCAUUGGCGAAUUGUGUUGGUUAGGCACUUAGUGUUAAAGUUUCACAGACACCAUGACUGCUUUUUCGUCCUAUAACAAUUUUAACAUUAUCUACUGGAUAACGCAGCUAGUAGGGCUGGCCGUCGUCAUUAUGACAGGCUGUUGGGUAGGAGUUCAUCAAGGCGGUGUCGCAUGGAAUGAGCAACCGUCCAUCCAAUUCAACUGGCACUCUCUACUGAUGACCAUCGGGUUGAUUUACCUUUAUGGAACUUCUAUUCUCGUCUACCGAGGCUUCAGACACGUCCGUAAGCAGCCGCUGAAAAUAACCCACGCCAUCAUCCACGCUGUGGCUUUCGUGUGCACGGUCAUUGCUCUGGUGGCCGUCUUCGAAUCCAAAGACUAUGCCGCGAACCCGCGACCGCACAUGUACUCGUUGCAUUCGUGGCUUGGAAUGGCUGCGGUGGUCCUGUUCGGGCUACAGUAUGUGGUCGGAUUCGUGGCUUAUCUAUUUCCGGGAGUGCGCGUAUCGUUGCGGUCCACCCUGAUGCCCACUCACAUAUUCUUCGGAGUCCUGGGAUUCGUGCUGUCGAUCAUUGCUGCCUUAACGGGUUUCAUGGCAAAAGCAAUAUUCGCUGUGCCAGAUUAUUCGAGUCUAACACCGGAGGCGGUCUUAGUCAAUAUGAUCUCACUGCUGAUGACCAUUUACGGUGGUUUGGUGGUGUUCCUAGUGACAGAAUCAGGAUACAAACGCGAGGCUCUACCAGAGGAUGCGAUACAGGUGACUCGCAAUCAUUCGUGAAAGUAGCAUAUUAUUUUUAAAUCAAGUAACCGAGUAAAACAGGGGUAAAUUGGUAAGCGGGGUAGCACUCCGGAACUCAGUAUUAUUAGCCUCCAAAGAAACAUUGACCCAUUAGAACGCAAAGAAUUUCUUAGGUUUAGUGAUGGUUCCUAUCAUUUUGUACAUAUUAGUGAAAGAUAUUGAAUAAAGUAGUUUGAAACCACUUACGAAUUAU